GAUCACAAAUUCCAAAAGUCUUCAUUUUUUUCUUAAACUUCGUGCCCAGUCAAACAGGUUCACAUAAAUUGGAACGGAGGGAGUAAUUUUUUGGUUCCAUUGCGAGGUCGUUUUCAAGCUCUGGGAUAAGUGAAUUGUCUUAGCUUUUACCUGAAGCGGAAAAGUUAUCUUUCUAACCCGUUUAUGGACGGUUGCAUGGGAUCGAAAUACAUCUCUAGAAAUCUUUUUUGUGAUAUACAAUCUGCAUUCUGCAGUUACAUGCUUGUGGUGUUAAAUUGGGGUGCAUGUUGCAUGUAUCUCUAUAGUAAUCAGAAUUUGGUUUGAAGAAUGCGUCAAAUUAGCUACAUCACACAUAUGUAAAAAUUACUAUUCAAGGUUUGCACGAACCAUUCUGCCAUGAUUUUAACUUAAGUUUAAGUAGUUUAUGUUAUUACUGCAAUUAGCAAAUUGAGAUUCAAAAUACUAUUCAAGGUUUGCACGACCCAAGACAUCUCAGAAAAUGAAUGUGAUCUUCGUUUUUGGUAAGAGCUCUGUCUAAUAAAAUGACCGGUGAGAAUCGUUUGAUAAUGUAUCUUGGUUUUGGAACUAUGGAGUUUUUUGAUAGCAAUACUAUUUUCCAAUCAAUAAACUACGGAGCCUGAUAGCAAAAGCUUCUUGGACCAAGCACCUAGCUGUGACUUAAUGUCCCUUGAGGCUUAUUAUUAGGUCUCACUCAUAUUCUUUUAAGGAGCAUUUUUAGUUGUACAAAUAAUCUAAUGAUGUAUUUCAUACCUUUAUACAGGAGAACUGAAAAUAUUAGCUGCAACAGGGCCACUCCUUAUGCUGACAACUAUGUACUUCUAACUUUGAGGACUCCCUGUUGGCAAAAUUUGGUUUUUCAGUCUGCUUACAUGAGGAAAGCAUUAUUUGAUUGAAAUGAGAUGAGACUGACGGAUCUAGCUUCUUUACAUAUCAUGGCGGUGGAAAUGAAAAUUACCGAAACUUAAGCAAAGUUUAAUGCCUAUUCUCCAAAACAAUGCGAGUUUAUGGAGAAAGCUCAAAAGCUUUAUAAGUAUCAUAACUACAGAAAUUUUGUCUGACACGACGUGUACAAAUAUACUUGUCAUGACCUUUAGACAAGUGAUUCUGCAACAUCUUUGGAACUUUGAACAUGUACUUUUUAUACCGGUAGCAGAACGAAACAAGGAUGAUCAUGAAGCACCAAGAGAGGUUUUUAGCCACUCAAGAAGAUUUUCCAGUCGCUUAUGCAAAGCUGGGGCAUUGGACCCUAAAAAGGUAAAGGGAACUAUUUUAGUUUGUCUAAGAGGAGAUAAUGCAAGGGUUGACAAGGGACAGCAAGAUGCUUUGGCAGGCGCAGUUGGAAUGGUUCCAGCCAACGAUUAUGCAUCUGGCGAUGAAAUUAUUGCUGAUCCUCACGUCUUACCUGCUACACAAAUUAGCUACACUGAUGGGCUUGAACUCUUUGCUUAUGUUAAUUCAACAAGCUUUCAUUACACAUCCAACGACUCAAUUGGGAACAAAGCCGCUCCAGUCAUGGCAGCCUUUUCAUCAAUAGGACCUAACACUGUUGCGCAAGAGAUCCUUAAGGUUUUGCACUGGUUCAUAAAUUUUUCACUAAAGUGACAUGACUUCUUCUCUUAACACAUCAGGAACUUGAAGUCUGAAAAAGCAAUGCUUGAAUGUGCCGAGCAAGUUGAAGCACUAUAUAGUUUUUGUUCUGUUAGGAUUUUAUCAUUUGUACAUCGUGCUAUAGUUCUAGUGUCUGUUUUUAGGAGUUAGAUAAAAAUAGUGUCAUGCAAUUUGAUUGGGUAUAUUUAUAGACAUUGUGAUCCUUCGGUUCUUUGUAAUGAACAAUGAAAUUUUGUUGAGUAUGAAUUUUGAUUAUUUGGUAUA